AUGGAAUCCGCUCAAUCAUUUUCAUAUAAAUUUAAUAGUAAUUUCUGUAGCGAAAUUAUUUUUGAAUGGUGCAAAUUAUAUGAUAAAAUUAUCAAUGAACUAUGUGUUUUAUAUGAUGAAAGAAUUAAAAGCAAAAAUAUCAAAUUAACUCUUGAAAUUAUUGAAAAGUUUUUAAUAACAAAUGAACAAAGUCCAGAUGAUAUAAUUAAUUUAU